UUAAUGAUUGUUAGAAAUUACAGUGUGGACUGCAGGCCAGAAGAGUGGACUCCUCCAUGCCUACACCUCUUUGAGUGAGCAACUGCAUUUUGACUCAGAAUAUCUCUCUCACUGCUUGACGUGUAUAAGUCAUGUGGCUCUACCUGGUGGCACUUGUGGGCCUGUGGACACUUUUUCGCUUGUUCAGGGAGAGGCAGGUGGUGAGCCAUCUCCAAGACAAGUAUGUCUUCAUCACGGGCUGUGGCUCAGGCUUUGGGAACCUGCUGGCCAGACAGCUGGACAGGAGAGGCAUGAGGGUAUUGGCUGCCUGUCGGAAGGAGGAAGGAGCUGAGAAGCUGAGGAGUAAGACAUCAGACAGGUUGGAGACAAUGAUCCUUGAUGUCACCAACACAGAGAGUAUUGUGGCAGCCACUCAGUGGGUGAAGGAGCGUGUUGGGAACAGAGGACUCUGGGGCCUGGUCAACAAUGCUGGCAUCAGCACUCCCUCAGGUCCUACUGAAUGGAUGAACAAACAGGACUUUGCAACUGUACUGGAUGUGAACCUGUUGGGCAUGAUCGAGGUGACUCUGAACAUGCUGCCCUUAGUGAGGAAGGCAAGAGGCCGUGUGGUCAAUGUCUCCAGUGUCAUGGGUCGAGUGUCUUUUGGUGGUGGUGGUGGUUACUGCAUCUCCAAGUAUGGUAUAGAGGCCUUCUCAGAUUCUCUCAGGAGGGAGCUCUCCCAUUUUGGGGUGAAGUUGGCUAUUAUAGAACCUGGAUACUUCAAGACUCCUAUGACUGAUAGUGCCAGAAUCUCAUCAAACUUCCAGAUGCUGUGGGACCAGACCAGCUCAGAAAUCAGGGAGAUCUAUGGCGAGAAAUACUUCGCAUCCAGUCUGAAAAUGCUAAACGGAUUGGACCAGAUGUGCAACAAGGACCUAUCUUUGGUGACUGACUGCAUGGAGCAUGCUCUGACUGCCCGUCACCCUCGCACCCGAUACUCAGCUGGGUGGGAUGCCAAGCUCUUCUACCUCCCCUUGAGCUACCUGCCCACGUCUCUUGUGGAUUCCUUUUUCUACUGGACUUCUCCAAAGCCUGAGAAAGCCCUGUGAAGGCUAGAUCCUUUUGUGUAGUUGAGUCAAUAGAAGUACAGUGUGAGAGCAUAGAGCCUCAGGACUAGGAAGAUUCCUGGCCUCAGCACACAUGUGAUGUGCACAGUUGCAUGGAUUUUCUUUCCUCACCAUAAACAUCAUGGAUAUGGGACCACAGGAAACUGCUUUGCUUAAACAAUCAUUACCAUUGUUGGUGAAAUAGCAAAUGAUCUUCCAUGUCUUGGUUUUAUCCAUCUUACUCAAGAUUUUUAAACACUUGUUUUUAUUUAUCUGUAUACAUAAGUAUCUGUAAUUCAGUUGUGUAUAGUACCCCUAUAGGACAGAUCAUUGCAUUCCCUGUAACUGGAGUGCCGUGGAACUAGAGUUUCAGGUAGUUGUGAACUACCUAACCUUGGCAUUGGCAAAAAAAAUUUGGGUCAUCUAGUAGAUAAGCAA